AAUAAUUAAUCGACAAUAAAAAUUUUACAGAGGAGGAUAGUUCGCGCAGUUACAAUUAAAACAUAAAAACAAUGACGAGGUCGGAAAUGACGAAAAUAUUAACCAAUAUUCGAUAUCGAUCAUCCAUCGGUAUCGAACCAUUUCUGUCUAUGUUGGUCAGCUAUGUUCCCAAUAUUAUCAGAUAUAUGCCAUAUCUUGCUGAUGAAUCACCUGGAAGAAGCACAAAAUCGCUUUGGAGUAUUCGUUGACCAGUAUCUUGACUGGAACGUCUGGAGUAAGCAGACUGUCGUUAACUGUCGAAAGUCUGCGAAGCUAGUCGCCGGCUUGGCGAAGGAUGUAUUCAUCGAGCAAGCAGGUGUAAAAAAACUGGCAUUGGCGAUCCUCGAUGGUUUAAAGACCGGUAAGAUCCGCGAGGGUAAUUUCUCGCAAAUCAGAUUCCACCCCAAGCCCGACGAUUCCAAGGCGGUGGACUGGAUAUUCGUGCUGGACACGUUGAACUUCUCAUUUUGGACCGAGACGGGCGCGAAAAAGUGGAGCGUCAAUGGAGAGAACGGCUACUUUGCGUUUUGUGCCGCUGUCAGCCGAGCCAUUGACGAAGGAAAACCUAUGUGGGAUCCUAAGUAUUAUUCGCAGAUAACGCAACAAGAUGCAGAUAUCAUUUUCCAAGGUGACAACGAAGUCAAAAUUCCGCUUAUAUACAACAGAAUUAAGGGCCUGCGUGAGGCUGGGAAAGUUCUGUUGGACAAGUAUAAAGGCACAUUUGUGGAAUGUAUCAAGUUGUGUAAAGGCUCAGCGGAGAAGCUGCUUCAACUGAUUGUCAAGGAAUUUGAAUCGUACCGGGACGAAGCUGAUUACGAAGGGCACAGGAUCAGCAUUUACAAGAGGGCUCAGAUAUUGAUUGGCGACAUCUGGGCCUGCUUCGAGGGACGCGGACUCGGCGAAUUCCAUGAUAUCGACAGCAUUACGAUGUUCGCCGAUUAUCGUAUCCCUCAAGUGCUUGUACAUUAUGGCACUAUGCGCUACAGUGACUCGCUCAUGAGCAAGCUGAAAUCCGACGAACUGUUGAAGCAAGGCAGCAGGGAGGAGGUUGAGAUACGUGCCUGCUCAAUCGAGGCGGUCGAGCAGGUACGCGACGAGGUGCGAAGAUUGAUCGCUGCCGAUUCGAAAUUGGGCUUGAAUCCGUCGACGGAUGUCAACGCGAUUGUGAUCGAUCAUUACUUGUGGGAUUAUCGGCGAGAGUAUGCGCAAGAAUUGGAACACAUACCAUUCCACAAAACAAGAACCAUUUACUACUAGAGGAUUGCAUGGGAUGCAAAAAUAUCGCCUAAAUGGAAAAAAUUAGGAAAUUCCAUAUAUCAAGUUCCAAAGAAAUCAAAUUACAUCUGUUCCUUCAAUAUUCAGCUUUUUUUUAUUAUAUUUUGUAUUGUAUUAUGUA